AUGGAGGUCUCAUUGCCGAAUCUCGAAGUCAGCAAGCAGGUGGUAGUCGCGGGGGACGUAUCAGACCUUACUAUGCCUAAGUUCUCUUAUGGGGAUCUAAGAGUUCUUUCAGAAAACACUUCUGUACGAUUUGACUUUCCGCAGUUGAUAAACGUCUACUAUGCGCUCGAUCUCCAGGGUAAUAUAUCGAGCCUCUCCAUGCCUCGUCUUAAGAACGUUCCUGGCUCUAUAACCAUUAAGUCGAGCCACCCUCUCAAUGUAUCCCUCCCCGUCGUUAGAUCCCGGCAUAUAUUUCUUGGAGGUGAGAUUAAAGACGCCUCCUUCCCCAAACUUAACAACGCUACUAGCCUGACUAUCGACUCCAAUCUUCCAAUUGACUGUGGGAAGCUCACCGACGCGAUCAAUAGGACAUACGAAGGACCCAAGGACAGAUACUGGCUGUCAUGCAGAUCGACACGUGAGGAGUCGUCAGGGCUAAGCACCAAAGCAAAGGUGGCUAUUGGGGUUGUAGUAGGGGUCGUCGGUUUGAGUGUAAUUAUCGGCUGGAUUUUCUGGAGAAAGAGGCGCAGUUCUAAGAGGAGGAAGGCGACCGGUGACUCGGGGUCUGCGAUCGAAUUGACUACGUUUGGGACUGGGUUAAGGAGAGAAGACCGGGGACAGGCACACGGAGAUGCAGAGGGACAGGACGAUGCACCUCCGCCGUAUACACCUAGAGAGUUCUUCGAGACAUUUGGUCUUCCCUGGACAAAUGAUGACUACCAUCGCACAACCUUCCAACUUAAUCCAUCGGGUCUCUUGCCCGAAAUCGUUGAGCCAUCUUCGUUACCUGGACCAUAUAGCAUGAAUGUUCUUCAUGUCAAGAACGCUAAGCGUCAGGAAAAGCUAUUUGUUCCAAUUGAAGGCGCGGUAACUCAAAGUCUUGUUUUCUCCCCAAAUUAUGUGAAUCAGGCUCAAGCUGGUGUUGCAGGGGCAAGGCUCGUGUGUGGGUAUCUUAUUUACUGCGGAGAUGUUAACGGGGAGGAUGGAUCAAAUCAGCUUAUGUUGGCGCUUUGCGGGUUUUAG